GCAUCCGUUUUUGGUUACCGCACUACCGCUUUCUCUAUUAGUGCGCGCUGUCUUCAUCAGCCUAUGCCUAUAUAGCUCGCUAGCUCUCUAAUGCCCGUCUCUUCGAAUGUGGCUCCUUAUUUGUGAGCGGAGCAGAUGGCGAGGAAGAAGACUCUGCUUCUCGUGUUCGCUGCAUUGCUAGUGUUCGGCGUACUGAGCCUCGUCCUGACAAACUCGGAGCUCUCGACCCUCGAACUAAGCGUGCGGCAGAAUGGUGGUGGUGGUCCCACUCACUCGCAGGUCGUUGCUGACUGGCGGAGAGAGGACAGAGACCUUUUGAGCGUCAGACGACACAAUCCCGCUGCAGCAGUUCCUCCGGGGCUGAACGUCGGCAGAGUCCUGGCCAAGUACGAUGACAAGGACGAGAGACGUGAGCAGGAGCUACAUUCAGUCAACCGACCACCGCGCAGGGACCGUGAAGAUGAACGGAUUCUGCACGAGAGGAACCUAGCCGUGGAGCUAAACCGGACGUCCCACCACGGCGACAUGCAGAAAAGACUGGAGACAUUGGGUAGACUCAAGAAUAGGGAGCUGAGGUUGGACACAGCCACGAGAGAACUGUGGCUGUACCUCAGGGACAAGCUCCGAGAUGGCGACUGGUCCAAGACUCCUGCAGAAACAGAAGACUUGAGAUCUAAGCUUCUGCACAGUGUCAAGGAGCAGCUAGAUCUGCUCUCGCUCCAUGCUUCUGACACUCAGGAUGCAAUUGAUUCCUUUAUCAGUGAAGGCUGGAGAGACACACUGGCAAGAGAAACAGCCACACUUGUGCAGAAAAGACUACACCACUUACAGAACCCUGAGAACUGCGACAAUGCGAAAAAGCUUCUGUGCCGAAUCUCCAAGCCGUGUGGUUUUGGUUGUCAGAUCCAUCACGCGGCCUACUGCUUCAUCUUUGCCUACGCCACAGAGAGGAUGCUGGUCCUGGACUCUAGUGGCUGGAGAUAUUCUGGGAAAUGGGAAGCUGUGUUCCAACCACUGGGUACCUCUAACUGCAAAGCUACGUGUCACACUGGUGGCAUUUCCCCCCUCUCUGCCCCUUUUCUGUUUCACUCACUCACGUGUGCACACACACUCACACACACACAUACACUAGAGCCCUUAGGAGCACAGCCAUGGUCGUCCUACAAAGAACCACAUCCUCCCCAAGUGAUCCAAGCACCAGCAAUAGAGUCCCUCGGCUCGAUGAGCAAGCCUUCUUUCCUACCCAUGGCCGUGCCUGCCGACCUCGUCGAGCGACUGACCUCAUUUCACGGGUACCCGUUUUUGUGGGUUGUAGGGCAAUUCCUGCAGUACCUCAUGAGGCCUUCGCAGCAGCUCGGCGAGUACCUUGAGGAGCGGCGAAAGUUUCUCAACAUCAGCCAUCCGAUUGUUGGGGUUCACAUAAGACGUACGGACAAACUCCAGCAGGAGGCAAGCUACCAUUCAGUGGAAGAGUACAUGACACAGGUAGAGGAGUGGUAUGAUAGAAGAGAGACGAUGUAUGGGAAGAAAGAAGAGAAGAGAGUGUACUUGGCUACGGACGACCAAACUGCCCUGAAUCAAGCCAUUGAGGCGUACCCAAACUACAAGUUUGUCAGCGACAAUGACGUGUCAAAGACGGCGGGUGAGCUGAGCAGCAGGUACAGCCAGAGGGGACUCUAUGGAGUGGUGCUGGACGUUGUCAUGCUCUCUGAGUGUGACUAUAUCGUCUGCACACUCUCCUCACAGGUGUGUCGGCUGGCCUAUGAGUUGAUGCAGGCCCACCACGUCGACGCCUCAAGACUCGUGUACAGCCUCGACGACGUCUACUAUUUUGGUGGGCAGCAGGAGCACGUCCUGAGGGCGAUUCACAGGAAGACAGAGAACGGGGGAGGCAACCUGGACUUUGCCAAGGGGGACCUCAUAAAGAUUGCCGGGAACCACCUCAACGGGUUCAGUCUCGGCAACAGACAGGGCGGACAUGUCCGUCGCGAACUCUUUCCGUCUUACAAAGCCGAGGAAGAGAUUAGGGUAGCAAAUUUCCCCACAUAUCCCGAGGUUUCUUGAUUUAAUUUACUGGCAUUUCAUUCCGUGAUUUUUCCCGUGUCAAUUCAACCUUUUUUGAGUCAAUUAGCUACACGAAACAGGUUACUGAUUUUUGUAAACAUGCCUGCAAUCAAAAAGGUGAUGUGCAAUUUAAAUUUUCAUUGAUCGUGACCCGCCACUGUUGAUAAAAAAUCUUUAGAUUAUAUUCUUCAAAUAUUUAUUGUACAUAUAGAGAGCGAUCUGGAAGCUGAAUAUGAUACUAAUGACAUAAAAUCCUGUUGAACCUAACCGAACAACAGUCUCCACCUGCGAGGCGGGGAAGAGGACAAAGAGAAAGAAGGCGCUGCCAAUGCCGAGACGUAUGCAACAAAAAAGCGUGGCAAACGUCCAGUCAACUGCACGCUCCACGGCUCCCGAGUACAGUCCGCCGCGCUUCAGGAACCACCUCAACUGGAGCAGGGGGUUGGUUAGCUCACUGACUCCCAGGACACCCGUGGCCUCGCAGCCGUAGCGGCCCGAGCGGAGAACGUAGCCGAAGCCGAAGAUGGAGACGGCGUGGUGCAGCAGCAUGACGAGACCCUCAGUCUUGGUCAACACGCACCAUGAAAAGUCGAAGAGGAAGUAACCCAGGGAGAGGACGAUCGUGUCCGUGUGUAGCUGUGUGUUGGGCUUGGCUAGAUUGUUCGCGUCGAACGGCCAGGGGCCAAAGAAGAACAUGGACGCGAGGCCGAGUCCGGAGAGCAGGAGGGCGUGCAGGACGGUAACCGCCCUACACGCGGACUCGGCAGUCGCCUCAGACUGGCGCAGGUGACGGAGAAAUGCCCAGAGAAGCAAGUAGAGGUUUGUCCACAGCAGAAAGGAACCUAAAAUGGCUGGCGACGCGAAAUUCGCCAUGUUUUCACGACUGCGCAUGCUCAAUCAAGCUUUUGCGGGUGCGACUCUUUACAACAGAACAUCCCGAGCCAUUUUCAUGAGUCGGCAGCUGAAGUAUGCACUCAAUACAAAAAUAACUAUCAAUAUCCCCGCAAUGAACAAGUCCAGCCCAGGGGAGAAGAAAUAGUUCACUAUUCGCACGCACCACGCCGUCCUCACGACGCUGAAGGAGACGGCAAAGAUCCAGCCAACACCUUUUUGCACAUUGCCGGAGUAAAUUCUCAUGCGCCUAAGGGCGCGCCGCAAGUAUAUGAUCGGCUCGGUCAGGACGCUGCCGCCCAAUAUGAAGACGGUGAGAUCGCCGACCGGUGUGUCCACUCCUCCAGUGCAGAGGAUGUACGACAGGACGGUGGAGGUGGAGAUGUGGUGGAGAAUUACGCUGCGGAGAUCGAUCUGGGUCGUGUGGUACAGGUGGAACCCGGCCGACCAUACCAGCAGGUCCGUGUAGACGUCGGCGUGACUUUCCGAAAGAGGGCGGGUGUAGUACAGGUAGGCGUGACACAGGACGACGGCGGUGUAGGCCGACUUGGAGUUGAGCAGCCAGCCCCAGCGACUAGCCACGCCGAGUAGACGGAGCAGUAGAUGAAGGUUUGUCCAGAUAAAGAAAGAUCCUAACACGCUCAGAGAGACGACACCAGGCUCCAGCCACAUCGUCGACGCCCAGCUAUCUACAACGGGGAAACCCCGCGGAAUUUCCCUAAAUGCGCGCUCAGUGUACAGGAAUGGGUGCGGAUGAGUAUAAUAUAUAUAGUUUUCAGAGAAUGGUUGCGCAUAGCUACAAACAACAUUUAGCCCAAGCAAGUUUUUUCCUGGACCAGAUCUGGACAGGAUGAUGAAACCCAUACACCCGACACCAGGAAACCUUCACCAGCAAUGUGAACAACUACAACACAUGCUACAACACAUGCUUUGCAAAGAGCCACAGACUUUCAUGUCUAUCAAGGCCUAUAAACCAAGACUGCCC